AUUCUUUAUCAGCCAGUGAGACUGCAAUAGGGUGCGCAGUCUUACACUCUUACUGUAACAAUAGCUGGAAACCAGUUGUCUUCCCAUAAUACUGUAUUACUUGGGAACUGCCUAGACGUCUGCAGACAUGGAAAAGCAUAGGAUUCUCCCAUCAAUUCUUUUGAGCUGGAGUUUGCUGUUGUUGGUUCAGACUGAUGAAGAUCUUCUUGAUGGCAGCUGUCGGAUUUUGGGUGUGUUCCAUAUCGGUAUCAAUAACAGAUACAAUAUGUCGCUGGAGGCAGCUCACGCCAACUGCCGAUCACUCGGGGUGAAAUUGGCAACACAAGCUCAGGUUGAGGCUGCCAAUCUGGCUGGAUUUCAGGUUUGCAGAUUCGGUUGGGUGGAUGAUGGAUACCCCGUAAUAUCAAGAGUCACUCCAAUGAUAAAUUGUGGAAAUAACCAAACAGGAGUGAUAAAAAUGAUGGAUAUCAACCGUCUGUAUGAUGGCUUUUGCAUCAGUAUCAAAGAUGCCCAUAAGGUGAAUGCUUGUGAGCCACUACUGCAAAUCACAGCCACAGGAAUCAGUAUGAUCGAAACAGCGUCGCCAACUCUCCUGGAUCUCACACAUGCGGAGACCGUAUCGGUUAAGCCCUCUGAAACUUCCCCUCAACUAGAGACUGAAACACAUGGACUUCCAGGAGCAAAUACCGAGCUGCCAAUUUCCAGUGCAAACCCCAGUACCUCGGCAACAAAGCCCCUCAUCUCAACUACAACAUCCCUCAUCUCAACCACAGAAUUAUUCUUAGCAGUGAUGAACAACAAGACCAACCGUUUGGUGGUAAUAGUUCUGACGGUGUUAGCUGCCAUUUUGAUAAUAGUCACUGUGGUCAUCAUCGUUUGCCAUUUGACAAGGAAAAGGUGGAACACCUUUGAUUUUGAAGCUGUACCACCAAAAGAAAUCGUAGAGAUUGAAGAGUGGAACCAUAACUUGGUAGACAAUGGGAACGAUUAGUUGAAAUGAAACACCAAUCAACCAAAUCCACAGGCUCUCCAAAUAACCAAACGUUGAGAUGGUCUCCUAGAUAUUCAACCAAGCUUGUGUGUAAAAAAAACAUUAUUAUUUGUAAUAGGUAUUACAGAAUAGAAAGAACUUUGUGUUGAGAUGGUCUCCUAGAUAUUCAACCAAGCUUGUGUGUAAAAAAAACAUUUGUAAUAGGUAUUAUAAAAUAGAAAGAACUUUGUGGCUUUGUUCGUCCUCCCGACGUGAAAGGCGCUCUAUAAAUGGAAUCUUGUUGUUGUUGUUUGUUAUCUUCAUACACAUAUAGUUACAUUUAGUUUAGCAGUUAUCUUGUAUGCUAAGAGUGCUACUUCAAUAAAGCCUUUCUUUUUUAGAAGAA